UAAUUUCAGCAAACGACGGACUCCCCGGGAUAACUCCAAUUUGCUUUUAUCGGAUGAAGAUCACUUCGGUGCCAUUCUACCUUGCGGUCACUUGUUUCCAAAAAAACAAGAAGGGGGCGCGCUGCACUCGGAGGCGAUUUUAAAGAGGUCUAUUUUUCCUCUUGUGGGGCUCAUUCCUCCCGUUCCCCUUCCUUCUCUUGCCUUCUCCCGGACGCAUUCAGCAAGAAGGGGCACCUAUAUUCCCUGGCAUCUCGAGACGUAUAGGCAAAUGGAGCAAAACUAUGGAGAGGUGAACCAGCUCGGCGGUGUGUUCGUCAAUGGGCGACCCCUGCCCAAUGCCAUACGGCUAAGAAUAGUGGAGUUGGCCCAGCUGGGGAUAAGACCCUGCGAUAUAAGCCGGCAACUCCGAGUCUCCCACGGCUGCGUGAGCAAGAUUCUGGCGAGGUACAACGAGACGGGUUCCAUCUUACCCGGUGCCAUCGGUGGAAGCAAACCGAGAGUCACGACGCCGAACGUGGUGAAAAAUAUCAGGGAUUACAAACAAGGAGACCCCGGGAUCUUUGCAUGGGAGAUCCGGGACAGGCUUUUGGCAGAUGGAGUUUGUGACAAGUACAAUGUCCCGUCGGUUAGCUCGAUCAGCAGGAUUUUACGCAACAAGAUUGGAAAUCUCUCCCAGCCCAACCAGUAUGAGAGCAGUAAACAAGGCUCCGCGCAGGCCGGGCUCUCCUACAACCACAUUUACCCGUAUUCCUACCCCAACGCCAUGUCGCCCACUAGCGCUAAAAUGGGCAACCAUCCUGGAGUACCGAUGACGGCUGGACAUAUGAGCAUAUCCCGGGCCUGGCCCUCAGCACACACCGUCAGCAACAUCCUCGGUAUACGAGCCUUUAUGGAUUCUUCAGCCAUUGCUGGGACGGACGGAUAUGCACAGAAAAUGGAGGACUGGAGCUGCGUCAACAGAGCAGCUUUCCCCGCGGCUCACUCUGUCAACGGGAUUGACAAAACAGCCAUUGACGCUGACAUAAAAUACGCUCAGCCUUCCUCCGCACUGUCCGGUUAUGUCUCCGCGUGUGCGUACUCUCCCUCCAACCAGUACGGGGUGUACAGCGGGGCAGCAGGCGGAUACGUGGCCCCGGGACACCACCACUGGCAGCCGCAGAGCCCGGCCCUGUCGCACCCAGGCGGCGGGAUGGGCAUGCACGCGGGGGAGAUCCACUCACCGAUGAACUUCAAGCACCAGGCCCGAGAAGGAGACAGAAAACAGCCCACUCCCCUGAGCAAGCAGCAGCAGCAGCAGCAGCAGCUGCAGCUGCAGCAGCAACACGAAGACUUGAACAGUGUGCAUGGACUCAGUCUCCCUACCUCAUCAUCAUAACCGGGACUUAUACCACCUUAAUAACGAGACCGAAUUAAACUGAACUAAUUUCAACAAAUCCAACAGUAAGUCUGAACACUAACGGCUUGUUUCCCGAGUGUUUGCAGUUUAGUCAAACACAGGCCCAUUCACGUUCAUUGUGGAUGCAGUGACCGACCUUCCUCGCUACAUGAAUGUAAGCUGUUUCUUCUUUUGAACACUUCAUAUUGCUAUUCUCUCAUGGAGACUGCAGGAUCUUUUUUUUUGUUGGAGAAUACAUUUUUUAUUCCAACCUGUCAUUGAUGUUUUAUUAUAAAAACCAAGGGCUAUUCUGUAAUCUGCCGUAUAUAAUAUUAUCUUAAUUUGUGACCAUGAUCUCGAUGCUAUACAGUGACGAUGUGAACAAAGAGAUAAAUUGUCUAAAUGUAAAAUAUUUGCCAAAGCUUUAAUUAUAUAUUUUUAUAAUUUCCUUGUAAAUAUUAACUAAAUAAAGGCUUUCUUAAAUGCCA